AAUAGGAAAGUAAGACAAUGUAAGGGUGCUUUGUUUUUGUGGCUGUUCUCCCCAAUGGAAGUCGCAGUCAGAAAAAGGUGUUGAAUAAGUUAAUUUCGCAUAAAUGUUCUAAAUCGACAUUAGUUCUUCAUAAAUAGAGUUCUUCAUAAAUAGAGUUUCAUUAUUAGGAAAAGGUGAAAAAGAGUAUUCCAUUCAUUAAUACUUUCGGAGGCUGGUGGCGUUUAUGCUGAGAGAAACAGCAGAGUCAACCAGUGUCCUUUAUUGUUUAUUUCACGGCUUUGUGCGUGAUGAAUUACGUCCUCCAAUCGCUAAAAAUUUGAUCGUUUAUAACUUCGCAAGCGUGAAAUUAGUAACGUGUAUAAUAUGGCGUACUAUGAUGCUCAUAUGAAUGCUGAGCAAAUGCCGGGUGUUGAUCGAAUGGAUGCCGAAUAUACAAUAUAUGUGAGGAAUUUGCCAAUAGAGUUAAAUGAGGAUGGUAUCAGAGAUAUUUUUAGUCAGUAUGGCAAAAUUAAGGAAAUGUUCCAUCCUCGUCGUGCCACAUGGACCUAUGUUACAUAUGGAACAUAUCGUGAAGCUGAACUCGCUAUGCGAGAACUACACGAAAAGAAACCAUUAUGCCUGAAAGUAGCAUUAGCAAAGGAGAAUUCUAGAAGAGAAGAACAUUUUGAAAAAAUGAAGGUGAUAGAUACUGCCGAUUCACCGCCACCUAUUCACAAUGAUAUAAAAUAUCAGAAUGUGGAUCAUGGUCAACCAACACAUACAUUCCAUAAGCAUGUAAUGCCACAUAUAACAGUACCAUGUAGUUUUCCAAACUACGAAUCUUUAUCUUCGUGUUCACAAACAUAUGGUACCUAUGAGCUCGAAGAUCCUUACAUGAGUACUAAUAAAUUGUGGACAAGAGGUAUAAUAACUGUUACGCCAGAUGGAAAAAGACAUGUUUCCCUUGGACGUGGUUAUACACUAUAUGAAUAUCCAGAACCGCAUCCUAAAGUUGAAGAAUAUAUUUCAAACAUAUAUGAACAACGAAAGAAUGUAUGA